AUGACUCGAACCCUUCCUUCCGUUCUUUUCUUCGCUCUUAUCAUCAAAGCAUACUCCGACUGCUAUUUUGCUUUCCUUCAAGCUUCCGGUCCAUGUUCCUCUGAUUCUGACUGUGGUGGAUCCCCGUGUGUGAUGGAUGUAAAGUCUGGAAGCCAUGUGUGCUGCAAGCCAAAACCAGGAACUACAGCUCCACGUGGGUUGUUUGUUCAUCAAAAAAGGAAAUGUUCCAUUGUUACAGAAUGCCCCGGUGGUAUGACGUACACUGGAAUCCCUGUUCUUUGUGACCCAGCUGAUGGAGAUGAUGGUUGUCCAGCUGGAUACACUUGCAGCGCUAGUUCAAGUGAUUUCACAAAAGAUUCUGCUUCUCCAAACUCACUUUGCUGCAAAGCCUAA